CACCAGAAUCCAUAAUUUCUCAGUUCUCUAAUUUUUUUCUAUCUAAUUUUCGGUUCAAUGUUAUGAGUUGUGCAUCGUAGACACAUUUACAUUUAUUUUUUUAUUUAUUUGUAAAUAAAGAAGCUCAAUAUUAAAGAAAUGGUACUGGUGAUUGUGAUCUAAGUUACUAUAUACAAUGGCAGACCGCAUUUGUGUUUUUAGAUGAGAUUAUAUAAAAUGGACGAUGCUCUCAGCAUUGAUAAUAAGUUGAUUAAAAUGGGGGCCACCGGGAAUCCGAACAUAACACGACUCGCUACGUUACAAGAAAGGAAGAAAACGAUCGAAGAAACUUUAGCUAAAUGCAAUCAGGAAUUGAAGCAAAUAUGCCUCCAGGAGGCCGACUUGACUGGGAUAAUUCCCACCGAAAUGCCCCUGGAGCCGGGGGAGUCGCCCCCUCUGAUCCGACGACGUAUUGGCACUGCUUACCAGUUACCAGAAAAUUUAAUCAAAUCAAGUAAAGAUGAAUCUUUUAAAGAUCUGGAGCUUCAAAUACAGGUACAUGCCAAUAUGGCGGAGGCUGCACUGGGCCUAGCAAAUGAGCACAAUAUUAGCAAGACGUUGCGUCGCCAACACAUGGCCGAGUAUCAACAACAUAAAAUACAGUUUACAACGCUUCAAGAGAAAUUAUCGACGCUGAAAGAUAAAGCUCAACAAAAUGAGUUACAUAAACAAAAGAAAAAACCAAGACCGACGGAGCAAGAUGAUAAUGUAUCAGUAGGGACUAACAUGAAUGAACCUUUCGGGAAAUCUGACCUAAGAAAUAGUAUGAGGUCUAACAAGUGUGACACAGAUGUUGAACAAAGGUACCUGCUUUCAAAUUCUAGAAUGACUUAUAAAAAUGUUACUAACUCGUAUAUGGAGGGGUCAUUCUCUCGGCAAGAGGAGAGUAUCGCUCGGGGUUUAUACGCUUUAAGCUUCAAUGGCUAUAAAAACUACAUUGAGCGACAAGAAAGUUUAACCAACAACCAUAUCGGGGGCUAUAACACUUUACAAUACAGUCACCAACUCCACCAACACUCACCUGUCAACUCGCACUACUCACAGACGCAGCCCUACCAACCAAACCCACGACCAAAUACUCUCUACAAUUACCCCAUUAACCAGACUUUUCAAGUUCCUCAACUUAUUAAAAAUCAUCACAGUCCUCAAUCUACAAGAUCCCAACACCGGCAAUCCAGUCCUAAUCUCAAUACAACAAAAAUGUUUUAUUCGCAAAACCCCGACUACAGAUUGCAUUCUGAAAGCGAGAAUUUCCUUACGGCCAACCCCCAUCAAAUACAGCCUCACCAACAAUACGAACACAUGCCUUUGGGUCUGGGAGGGUACUGGAAACGGCUAGAGAGUGGCCAAACGGUUUGGUGUAACUCUAGCCCCACUGAAUCAAGCUGGCAGAGAGAUAAGAGGUUUGGUAGUCUAGAUCGGAGGAAAAACAAAAGGUUGCACAAGCGAGUGUCACCAUCUGUUGGCAAUAAGUCGGCAACUCUUGCCAGCGUUCCAGUGUAUACUGACCAGAUACGAACUCCGUCCAUAAAAUCGCCCCAAGUAAUUAGUAGGAGGUCUCAGGAUAAUAGGCAGCUAGUACGAACUCAAUCUCUAGGAAGUGUAGGUGGCCAGACUGUUGACAGUGUAUGGCCUAGUGAUGAUAACUCAUCGUGCGAAAGUGAUAAUCGUAGUAUUAACGAAGCUGGGCAAAAUGCCCGAAAGCAGAAGCAAAAAGAAUGGAUGGAAACGUUCCUCGAUGGCCCGGUCUCUCCUACUCACUCCGUCAUCUCGAGGUCACAAUCGGCGCUACCUUCCGUAUUAUCCCCCGAAGAAAAGUACAUAGUGAGCCCUCCACAGCCCAUCCCGCCCCCACAAGCUUCUAAACCGCCUCUAGAAAUACCAGCCGAAUCAAAUCCGUCCCUACGAAUACCUGAAACAAAUAUAGAAUUAUUUAAUAAUAAUAUUCCUAAAAACUGUACGAUCGUUCAAGCCGGUCACUACAAGCCGUACCAUGAGGAAACCAAGCCGUUUGAAAUGUCCGACUAUUACAAAUAUUCGGCAAAAUUUAAAAAAUCACCCCAGAAGCAGCAAGAAGAUACUUUGAAAAAGUCGCAGAGUGGGGCACCUUUUCAGAAGAAUUUGAACGAAGCCUUUGACAAGUCGGUGAAGAAUCAUAAUUUUAGUCCCGGAUCGCCGCGUUUGGACAAUUCCGUCAAUUCGAGUUUUGAUCUCAGUCAGAAUGUUGCUGAACGGUUCUCCGAUGAAAUGAACGCCUGGUACAAAAAUCAAAAACUACAAAUUGAGAGUAACGGGAGUGGAACUUCUAAGGGCAAAUCCACCGCGACGCUUGUAUGAUUUUUUAUGGAUGCUGAAAAGACUUAUUUAUAUUGCAAUAAGAUUCGAUAUACAAGUAUAUGUUUUAUUUUCUAAUUUUAAUAUAUUGAUAUGUUGAUUGAUAAUGAUCCGAAUGUUGACAUUCGUGUGCCUUUUAUACACCAGAAAUUAUAUUUUGAUAAUUUGAUUUUGAAAUGCCCAAAUUCAAAGUGCCUUGGUUUUUGUUUUAAUUGAGCAACCAUAUUAUAUUGAUCUCAGUCAAAAACUACUGUGAAAAGUAAAUAAGUAGGAACUUAACUGAUGCUAAGCAUUUUGUACUAUUUUAGAUUAUUUAAAGGUAAAACGGAUAAGUUAGAUCAGUUUCUAGAUUGUAUCACUCAGCAAUAUUUGGUUUUCAGAAAUGAACCAAAGUUUCGUACCUUGUUUUAGGUUCGUAUUUUGUGUUUAAACUUAUUUUCUACGUUUUAAUAAAGACGAUAUUAUUUUAA